AUGGGGUGCCGCUCUUCCAAGCCGAUAGUCUCCGAGUCUGUGCAGUCUCGUCCUUCAACGCGUUUACAGUCGCCGAGAGACGGUCAGGCGCUGGGUCAUAAUGCUGUUGUGACUGAUAGUCCCAAAUAUUCCGCUGCAGAGAAGCGAGCACGGGCAGCGGAAGCGGCUGAGACGCGUCAAGGAGAUUGGCGUCAGGGCGGUCAUGCAGACCCGGACAUGUUGCGAAACAUUGGACAACGUCGUAAAAAAGAUGAGCUAUUAGCUACAAUCUAUAACCGAUACACAACAUUAGGCAGAGAACCACCGAUUGGACUGCCGUCUUGUGAGUUGGAGCAAUUGCAACGCCAUCUUGAAACGCUGCGCUAA